CAUCCGACACAAUUGUAUUAGUCUUUGGUAAACCUCAGGAUAAUAAAAAAUCGAUUCCAGCAAUUCAAGAUGAGCCCAAAGUACGCAAAAGAUCAACCCGCGGGCUUCACCAACCGUAUCGAAAACGUCGCUAUCGUUGGUGUAAGUAUUUAUCUUGCUGUUUCCGUUUUUCCCCUCGGGGGAAUAUGGACAUGAAUUUUAUAGUGUCAAGAAAGCCGCCAGAAGCCAGAUCCUAGCUAACCAAUCUUUCCAAGGUCGGCGGGCAAGUUGGUAGCUAUAUCACCAAACACCUCAUCAACACCAAGAAGCAUGUCAUCACGGCCAUCACUAGAAGUGACAGCACAAGCGAGUUUCCCGAGAGUGUCAAGGUCGCCAAGGUCGAUUAUGACAAUGAGCAAAGUCUCAUCGAUGCGCUCCAGGGGCAGAAGUUCCUGAUCAUCUCCCUGGCUGUCAUGGCACCCAAAGACACGGAGCAGAAGCUCAUUAAAGCCGCGGCUGCAGCUGGCGUGCCCUGGAUCCUGCCCAACUCCUACACGGCAGACUUGGAGAACAAAAGGCUCUGCAACGAGAACCUCAACGGCGCUGGCGUGCUGGCGAGCAUUGAUGCUAUUGAGAAUGCCGGCGUAUCUUCAUCGGUGGCGCUUGUGUCCUCUUACUGGUACGAAUUCUCGCUCGCGGUGCCUGCGCACUACGGGUUUGAUAUCACGGCGAAGAAGGUUGAAUUGAUUGACGACGGCAACACCAAGAUCAACACGACCACCUGGGACCAAUGUGGUCGUGCCAUCGCUGUCUUGCUCAGCCUGAAAGAACUCCCGGAGAAUGAGAAAGACGACUCGGUUACGCUCUCUCGCUGGCGCAACGAGUCGCUCUAUGUCUCGAGCUUCCUCGUCUCGCAGCGUGACAUGCUUGCCAGCUUGAAUAGGGUGCUAGGAACGAAGGACCGACUGGGAGACCCAGUCGGAGCCGCACCAGGAACGCUACAACCGCGGUAUGAAGGAGCUGCAGGAGGGCAACAUGGCGGGCUUUGCGACUGCCCUGUACAUCCGCGGAUUCUUCCCCAAUGGCGAUGGCAACUACGAGGCUAAGUAUGGACUUGCAAAUGAAGCUCUCGGUCUACCCAAGGAGGACCUGGACGAAGCUACCAGUACAGCCAUGGCCAUGGUGAAAAGGGGCUGGAACCCGUACACCAACCGCAAGUGACAGAGCUUACUGGUACUCUUACCUCCAAACUAUAACUCCGAACUCUUCAGCCCGGAGUAAUUGAACAUCACAUUCACAUUGUACUCAUGUACGAGCACAGAUUCCGUUGAGCUCCAUUUCAAUAUGCGUCUACAUGUAUAUAGAAAGUAAAGAUGCUCUUUUGCCCUAGUCACUUAUCCGUCUCGUGUCGAUUUCUUGUGCGCAAUUUGAAUUAGAACCUGAGAACCCCUCUGAACGUUCCCCUGCUGCAAUGUUUGACUUGAAUGAAACCUUCGGCAGUCACUUAUCUCCAUUAGCCCAGAUUCUGCUCCCAUCCUCUGCCAACUACGAAGCGUUAGUGACCCCGCGAUGGAGUACAUGGGAAGCGCCAUCAUUUAUCGGCACUAUCAAGCCGGCGACGGACGAUGAUGUGGCAAUUAUUGUAAAUUUCAUUCUUCAUCCUCAUCUCCUAGUCCUGGAACUGACACCUGUGGACGUGGCUUUAGGUCAAACUCAGUGUGAAGCACAAACUCCCUUUCUUCGCUACAGGCGGCGGCCAUGGCACCGGAUCAGGCUACGGAACAGUGCAGAAUGCUGUCAACGUCGACCUACAAAAUUUCAACAGUGUCCAGAUAGAUGCCGCAAACGAUGAACUCACGAUGGGUGGUGGAACUGCCUCUGCGCAGAUCUACGGGCCACUUUACGAGCUUGGAAAAGAGUUGCGUAAGAGAAAACCAUGCCAUUUCUGGGACUUUGUCUCACCAUCAAGUGCGGCACUAACGCGUGCAACACAUACAGCAACUGGGAAUUCUCCAUGUGUGGGCUUGGUCGGUCUAACCAUUGGGGGUGGAAUUGGAACGCUACAGGGGAAGCAUGGCCUUGCGCUAGAUUCUCUGCUGUCAGUCAGAAUGGUAACAGCUAAGGGAGACAUCCUCACCGCUUCUAAAACCGUGAACAAAGAUCUUUUCUGGGCCAUCCGCGGUGCUGGGGCCAACUUUGGUAUCAUCACAUCUGCCACUUAUAGAAUAUACAAUGCGACCAAUGAAGGCAUGGUCGUCAAUGCUGAUUUUGAGUUUCAUGGUUCCCUCAGCCGUCAGGUGUGGAACGUGAUAAAGUCCUUUGACAAAUAUAUAGCCCCGGAGCUCUCAGUCAUCUGUUCAGCAGGAUGGAACCCAACCACAAAUCAGGUCAGUAAUUACUAUCUCAUAUUAGCCUCUAGCAUUCAAACCUAUAUCUCAUCGCUAAAUGACCCCUUCCGCUCUCCUGAAUACAGUCAGAAAUAAAUGUCAACGCCGUAUAUUACGGUUCAGAAGUACAAGCCAAGAAAUACUUGGCAAGAUUCAUUGAACUCAGUUGGAGCCGAUCGAAAAUUUCUAGUGUUCGCUGGCCAGAACUGUCAGAUGCAGCCCAGUUUGGGCAAGAAGGGAAGGCUUCAUGUAUCACCGGCAACCAUGUCAACAUCUACACUGUAGGCCUCGGACAAACCGAUACAGAAACUCUCCAAACAGUAUUCGAGAAGUUGAUCGCCUUCGCCAAGUCACAUGCUGGCUUCAACGGGAGGUUUGGAAUGCAGCGCUACAGCAAUGUAGCGACCAUGGCAACCCCGCAGCAUGAGACUGUCUACCCAUGGCGCGAGAUCAAAACACAGGUGUAAGAAGAUCCCCCCUAUUCUGAAAAGAUAAUAAAAUGUGUUUCAAGCAAACUUGUCAGCUAAUGGAUUCGAAAACAGGCUCUUGAGAAACUGGUACAAGGAUCCUUCACUGGACGUUGACGUUGAUCCGUUCAUGCGAGAGGUGCGUUCUCUCUUGGCGUCAACAAGUGGAUUCAAUGAAGUACAACCUUACCUCAACUACGCACAUGGAGAUGAGGGUCCCAAAGCUUGGUAUGGAGUAUCUCUGCCAAAGUUGAUGAAACUCAAGUCAAAGUGGGAUCCGUCGAGCCUCUUUGGGAGAGCUUGUCCUGUCCCUUUUCAUGCAGGAAGUGAUUAGAUGAAUCAAGAUACCCCUUGAACUAGUAUGAAAU